AGCUCCUACAUCCAGAGCCCGUCCACGCCAGCUCACCUCGCCACUCCUCUCGGUGCCUAUCCAUCCUAUAAAUAUGGCCGCCGCCGCCAUCGCCGCCGCUUCACUGCUCCCCUCCUCCGCCUUCGCUCUCCGCCGUCUCUCCUCGGCGGCGAACGUCUCCCGCUUUGCCCAGCUCAAGAGAUUCGACCGGGCUCGCCGGUUCGCGCCGGCCGCCGCCAUGUCGACGUCGUCGGGGCCGAAGGAGGCGCCGGCAAACAACCCGGGCCUCCAGGCGCCGUCGGAGAAGGACCCCGCGACCAAGGGCUACUUCAUGCAGCAGACGAUGUUCCGUGUAAAGGAUCCAAAAGUGAGUCUCGACUUCUACUCGCGUGUGAUGGGCAUGUCGUUGCUGAAAAGAUUGGAUUUUCCUGAGAUGAAAUUCAGCUUGUAUUUUCUUGGUUAUGAGGAUGUGGAAUCGGCCCCUACUGAUCCUGUAAAGAGGACUGUUUGGACUUUUGGGCAAAGGGCUACACUUGAGCUCACACACAACUGGGGCACAGAAAAUGAUCCUGAAUUCAAAGGUUACCAUAAUGGGAACUCAGACCCUCGUGGUUUUGGUCAUAUAGGAGUAACUGUUCACGAUGUCUAUAAGGCGUGUGAGCGGUUCGAACGUCUUGGGGUAGAGUUUGUUAAAAAGCCAGAUGAUGGUAAAAUGAAGGGCAUUGCAUUUAUCAAAGACCCUGAUGGCUACUGGAUUGAAAUAUUUGACCUGAACAGAAUUGGGGCGGUGACUGCGGAAGCAUCAUGAUGUGUUUGAAAUGCUAUGAACUCUAGUUAUGCAGCUGGGGUAAAUCAUUUCCUUGUUGACAGGUGCGACGUGCGAGACGAUAAAACUCCAGCUACCCAUGGGCAUAUAUACAAUAUACUUGGUCGUUUAGAGCAACAAGUUAUAGAUUGUGAUACCCUGUUUGCUGGUCAGUGUUUGAAGCUUGAACUUAACAUUGCACUGUAACCGUUUCUGCGUUAAAGAUUUUGGCCUCAUACCGCUGCUGGCCUCUCUCUCCCCCUC